CGGCCCUCCCGCCCCGGCCCCCGUCCCCGGAACUGGCGGUCGAGCGGCGGCAGCCGAGCCUGUGGCACGGCUCUCUUUUCACGGAGCCGCCGGCAUGAACGCAUCCCGCCGCCCCGCUUCCCCGACCCGGUCCUUCUGACAAGAGGAGUAAGAAGAUUGCUAUUGAAUUACAACCAUGGUGCAAAAAUACCAGUCCCCAGUGCGGGUGUAUAAACAUCCCUUUGAGUUAAUUAUGGCUGCCUAUGAGAGGAGAUUUCCUACAUGUCCUUUGAUUCCAAUGUUCGUGGACAGUGACACUGUGAGCGAAUUCAAGAGUGAAGACGGGGCCGUUCACAUCAUUGAGAGACGCUGCAAGCUGGAUAUAGACGCGCCCAGGCUGUUGAAGAAGAUCGCUGGAGUCGAUUACGUUUAUUUUGUCCAGAAAAACUCCCUGAAUUCUCGAGAUCGCACUUUGCAUAUCGAAGCCCACAAUGAGACGUUUUCUAACCGGGUCAUCAUCCACGAGCACUGCUGCUAUACGGUUCACCCUGAGAAUGAAGACUGGACCUGUUUUGAACAGUCUGCAAGUUUAGAUAUCAAAUCCUUCUUCGGUUUUGAAAGUACAGUGGAAAAAAUUGCCAUGAAACAUUAUACAAGCAACAUUAAAAAAGGGAAAGAGAUCAUCGAGUACUACCUACGGCAGCUGGAGGAGGAGGGCAUCACCUUCGUGCCCCGCUGGACCCCGCCCCCCGUGGGGCCCUCAUCAGAAACCUGUCCAUCAAGCAAGAAUCAAGUCACAUCUGCGGCUGUCCUCGUCCCAGAUGCUGCUGCUGUCAUGGAGGGGCUGAGUGGGGAGAGCCUCAGUAGCCCAGGAACAGCGUCUGAGCCCGUGGUGGGAACCCCUGACGACAAACUAGAUGCUGACUACAUCAAGAGAUACUUGGGUGACCUGACUCCCCUCCAAGAGAGCUGCCUCAUUAGACUGCGCCAGUGGCUCCAGGAGACACACAAGGGCAAGAUUCCAAAGGAUGAACACAUUCUUCGGUUUCUGCGUGCCCGAGAUUUUAAUAUUGACAAGGCCAGAGAGACCAUGUGCCAGGCUUUAACCUGGAGGAAACAGCACCAGGUGGAUUACAUUCUGGACACUUGGACUCCGCCCCAGGUCCUUCAGGACUACUACGCUGGGGGCUGGCAUCACCAUGACAAAGAUGGACGGCCGCUGUAUGUACUCAGGCUGGGCCAGAUGGACACCAAAGGCCUGGUGCGAGCUCUCGGGGAGGAGGCCCUGCUGCGAUAUGUUCUUUCCAUUAACGAAGAGGGCCUGAGACGAUGUGAGGAAAACACCAAAGUCUUUGGGCGGCCAAUCAGCUCAUGGACCUGCUUGGUGGACCUUGAAGGGCUGAACAUGCGCCAUCUGUGGAGACCAGGGGUCAAAGCCUUGCUGCGUAUCAUCGAGGUGGUGGAGGCCAACUACCCUGAGACACUGGGCCGCCUGCUCAUCCUCCGAGCCCCCAGGGUCUUCCCUGUGCUCUGGACGCUGGUUAGUCCAUUUAUUGAUGACAACACCAGAAGGAAGUUCCUCAUUUAUGCAGGAAAUGACUACCAGGGCCCUGGAGGCCUGCUGGAUUACAUCGAUAAAGAGAUUAUUCCCGAUUUCCUGAGCGGCGAGUGCAUGUGUGAUGUGCCAGAGGGUGGACUGGUCCCCAAAUCGCUGUACAGGACUGCAGAGGAACUGGAAAAUGAAGACCUGAAGCUCUGGACGGAGACCAUCUACCAGUCGGCCAGCGUGUUCAAAGGAGCCCCACAUGAGAUUCUCAUUCAGAUUGUGGACGCCUCCUCAGUGAUCACGUGGGACUUCGAUGUGUGCAAAGGGGACAUCGUCUUUAAUAUUUAUCACUCCAAGAGGUCUCCCCAGCCACCCAAAAAGGACUCGCUGGGGGCCCACAGCAUCACCUCUCCAGGAGGGAACAACGCGCAGCUCAUCGACAGAGCCUGGCAGCUGGGCCGGGACUACAGCAUGGUGGAGUCUCCUCUGAUCUGCAAAGAAGGAGAGAGUGUGCAGGGGUCCCACGUGACCAGGUGGCCCGGCUUCUACAUCCUCCAGUGGAAGUUCCACACCAUGCCAGCGUGCGCGGCCACCAACCUGCCCCGAGUGGACGACGUGCUGGCCUCCCUGCAGGUCUCCUCCCACAAGUGCAAAGUGAUGUACUACACAGAAGUGAUCGGCUCUGAGGAUUUCAGAGGCUCCAUGACCAGCCUGGAGUCCAGCCACAGUGGGUUCUCGCAGCUCAGUGCCGCCACCACCUCUUCCAGCCAGUCGCACUCCAGCUCCAUGAUUUCCAGGUAGUGCUGCGAAGCCUGCGCCUGCGCGGAGGGCGGGCAACUCGGCUGCUGUGCUCCGCCCACCCCCAGGAUGUGCAGACUCCGCCCACCCCUGGAUGUGCAGACUCCUCCCUCUAGAUAGCAGCUAGCUCUGCUGAUGGUCACUAGUCACCUGGUCCCCAGACCAUCCUGACAGGUAGUUUUAACUCUACCCCUAACUUUAACUCAAUAGCCAUAGAUUUUGUAUACAGCGUGCACAAAAUCAAACCGGAGCACAAGGGCUCUCGAAAGAAAAGUAGUUUAUCUACAGUAAGAGACUGACUGGUCUCAAAUGUCGAUGCAAAAAAUGUUUCCAACAAACUCCACCUUGUCCACUAGUGAAUGACUUGUGUGACACCCUGCAGAGACUCGCCACCUCCUCCUCCACGGAACCGAAGCUGCGGCAGGCAGCUGUUAAGCUGCAGUGGAGUCCUCUCGGCUCCCUGUUAGUGGAGGUGGCCUGUGGAUCCUGGACAGCUCUGAGGUCCCUUUCCUCUAAGGACUUGCAGCCUGAGGAGCACCCGGUCCUGGGGCAGAGCCGGCCCACUCCUGAGCAGACGCUGGGGCCCAGGAGGGGUGCCAGGGCUCCGCUUGACUCCUGACCACACCGCCACCAUUAAACAUUGCUUUCUCUUUCCUCCUCUUCAAAUCUUUUGAUAUUUUUCAGAGCAAAAUUUUUCUGUCCAUGAACUUGGGGGAGGGGAGAGGGGAAUAUUUUUUUCCCUCUGCUGAGUGCUGCCUUUCCUUCUGCAGGAAGGUGGCUCUGUGCCCUUAGCACCCAGGGUCCUCAGUCCUCCCAGCACCCAGGGUUCUCAGUCCUCCCAGAAGCACCCAGGGUCCUCAGUCCUCCCAGAAGCACCCAGGGUCCUCAGUUCUAGCACCCAGGGUCCUCAGCCCUCAGCAGGGUGUGUGGAAGCAGUAGGUCACACUUGCCUUUGGAAGUGUGGCAGUGCAAACUCUAGCAAUGCUCUCCAGGGUGGCGCAUGGCUUGCAGUGGCCUGGAGUAUGCGGGUGGAUGUUGUGGGUUUGUAUGUGGCGCUGUGCGUGUGCAUGAGGGAGUGGGUGCUGCUGGGGGGGGGGGGGGCAGCGCGUCGGGCUGCGCUUGUUCUGUCCGAGUUUCAUAGACGCGGCUUAGAGGCUGGGGCUGCUUCCUCUCGUCUCUUCUCUUUCUUUUCUUUCUUUUCCUGAUCCUCACUUCCCAAAGCCUGCUGUUAGAGCAGAUCCUCCAUUUGCAGCUUUCAUGGGAAUGCAUGCUUCUCAGCGAGCUGUCAAGAAGUUGCAGGUGGCUGAUCUCCAGAGAAGGGCCCAGGAUGUGUGUGUGUGUGUGUGUGGUGCCAUGUCUAAAGAUGUGUGCCAAAUCCACACGGCCAUGAGUGUGCGUGACAGGGUGGACGCCUGUGUAGACGCUGCUCUGAGGCGCUGGCUGGCUGGCUGUGUGGUCUGAGAACUCUGUAGAGGCCGUCGCAUGCCAGCAAGCAUGAGGAGAGACGACACAGCAGCCUGGCUUGGUGGGUGAGCCCCUGGCUGCUGGCCUUUCCGGCCCCGCUGCCAUGCAUUUCCUGUGCAUGGGAGUGCUCGCACAUAGCACAGCAGGGCUGCAGCUACCAUGCUGCUUCCAGUCAGGGCUUCCCAGCUCCAAGUGAAAGGGCCUGAAGAUGCCCCCUGCUCUUUCUCUCUCCCCUCGCCUUUUCCCUCUCCCUUUCUCUCUUCUCUCUCCCUUUCCCUCUCCCUUUCCCUCUCCCUUUCUCCAUGUCCCAGAUGGCGAUUUUGCUGACAGCCUCCAAGAAAGCGCUUCACUGGACAGCCCACAUGUGCCCCGAGGUGUCUAUAGACCUAUCUGAGUCACAGCCAUGUCCCAGGCUGAAGAGCUGUUUCCCUUAAGUCCACUCAGAAGUGGCACUGUCCAGCCCCUCAGAGCUGAGAGCAUCUUUUAGAGCUCAAAGCACACUCCGCACUCCCAGACCCUCAGCUCCCCGGCCACAGGGCACUGGCUGCCUUGUGAGGGGAAGGCUGAGAGAUUCCUAAGCGAAGGGCUCGCAGAGCUGCUUCUCCCAGUGCCCAGCACCUCCUAAGAUGCUGCUCCCCUCCACACUCUGGGCUCUCCCUGUUUCUAGUGUCUUAAUUCACUCUCCUUCCUGAACCCAUUAUUUGCAUAUCAAAUUCUGUAAAUGUUUUGUAAACACAUUGCCUCACUCUUGGUAAUACAAUACUGAUAGUCUUUAAAAGAUUUUUUUAUUGUUCCAAUAAUAAAUGUGAACUGUUUAA